AUGCGUAUCCAUCUGUCCUCGGACGAAGUGAAUCUGCUGGUUCACCGGUACCUGCUUGAGAAUGGGUUUCUGCACUCCGCCUUUGCCUUCUCGGCGGAGGCGGCGAUCCCGAAGAAUCCGUUCCACGUGACGCAUGCGGAGAAGCUGCCUCCGAACGCCCUCGUCACGCUUCUCCAAAAGGCCCUCCUCUUCAUCUACAUCGAGUACCACACGGAAGAUGAGACGGGACGAGCGAUUCCCUGCGAGGAGGCGUUCUCCUUCUUCAAGCGCCACGAGUGCUGGACCCGGCGCGAAGGCUCCGAAGAUCUUGCGGCCUCAGCUGCGUCGGGUCUCCUGGCGACUCUCGCCGCCGAGGGCGCAGGCACGCCGCGGAACGCGCCGGCAGCGGCCUCGCCGUCUCACCUCGCGAAAAGCGGGUCGGAGCCUGGCCCAGAGAGUGCAGGAAACGAACUCGACUUCUUGCCAGGGAGUCUCCUGGCAGACGACGAGCGCGCAGAGAGAACCGCGGAAAGGCCCUCGGCGCUCCGUGGGAAACGCGCGACGGGCACCAGCGUUGCCGCCAGCGCCUGGAACAGAGGAGGAGGAGGAGGACCGCGGGGCAAAAAACGCGCUCGCAUCCAGUACCGAGGGGCGACUGCGGGCGACGGUCCAGGUUCUGGCGAGCUUCCCGACGCACUCACGGGGUCUGUGCAGAACGCCGGCGGCCUUGUGGAGGAAGAGGAUCGCAAAGAGUCGCCGCACGAAGGCGACGGAGGAACGUUGUCUGGGCGACGCGAAGACGAAGAAGAGAGCGAAGACGCGCCUCCCGUCGCCCGCAACGAGACUGGGGAAGACACCAUCUUCGAAGGACCCCCAGCGCAUGCAUGCGAAGAAAAAGUCGCUUUGAAAAACUUCAUUCGGCUGCUGCCCGGUCAAGACGGAGACGCAGGCGCGCUGUCCGAAUGGAGUCCGGCAGACCCGUGCCUCAUCGUCACAAACUUUGCAGCGGGCAGCCCGUGGCUGUAUCGCCUUCCUCUGAACAUCGUUGGCCCCGGAGUCCUUGCGCCUUACCGCGAACUUGAUGGGCCCCGCGUCGCCGGUGCGCUCAAUCCCGGCUCUUCUGCUCACUGGAAGAGAGAUGGCGAGUUGGUGGCGACGGGGUACGAGUCUGGAGACGUGCGCGUGUGGAGGCCGUUGGACAGCCCGUUCGUUGCGUCGCUCUCGGUGAGUUCCACGUCGGUGAUUUGCACGGCCUUUUCGUGCGAGGGAACUUACCUCGCGGCAGCCUGUGCAGAUGGAACCGUCGUGGUUUGGAAGCUUUGCAGAGACGAGGCAGCCGAGACCAGGGAGAAAGGCGGGCUUGAGGUCGGGAGCAAGAGCGAGACAAACGAGGCGACUUCGGGUCCGAAAGCUUCCGAGGGUUCGCGGCGCGAAGAAGGCCGAGACGCGGAGUCAGGAAACGACGUCUCCUUCGUCAGGGUGCAUGCGUACCGCCACAGAGGGGGAGUCAUCGAUCUCGACUGGACGCGCGACUGUGUCAUUGCGAGUGGAUCGGUCGAUGGCUGUAUCGUCGUCACCGAUUUCCAAGAAGGCGUGUGUCACUGUCUCUCUCUCGGCGACGUUUCUCCGUCUGGCGGGACGCCUCGGACCGUGACAACUGCCGUCCCCUUCGCGAACUCGACAGAGCGAAGAGCGGAGAAAGGGGGGACUGGAGGCAGCGCGCCGUCUCCCAAGGGUAGGCGCGACGAGAAGCGAGAAGGCCAAGACGCGGAAGAUGCGCGAGACAGCGGGGAGGCGCUCGCGGUGUUUCCGGAGAAGCCUGCGCCUGCUGAGCUCGAAGCAAAGAAAGAGGACAGAAAGGGAGACGCACAGAAAGAGACUCUCGACGCAAGUGGAAGCGAGGCCGAAGUCGCCUCGCUGCGCUGGAACGCAGACGGAACCUUCUUGGCCAUCGUUGACUCGUCCCCCGUCGUUAAGCUGUGGCGGUUGGACGUGCCGCAAGCGCCGCUCAUUGAGUUGGCUGCGCACGCCGAGCCCGUCAUCAAGGCGGAAUGGCGCGAUGGAGGCCGGGACGAUGAUCAGCACUUCCUAGUCACAGUCGCCAUGGAUCGCCAGUUGCUUCUCUGGGACUUGGAGAAAUCUAAGGACGAACCUGCGAAGAACAUUGUGUACAACUACCCGCCAACGUCGCUGCGAAUCAGCGGAGACGGCAGCCGCCUGGCUGUGGGGACCUACGACAGCAUGGUCCACAUUUACGCCUUGCCGUCUUUGACAGAAGUCGCAUCUCUCAUCGACCCUCACAUGGUCAUUCCUCACAUCACGUGGCGCAGCACGCACGAUAGCAUUGCGUACAACGUCUUCAAUAUGAACCGGACGAUUGUGGCCAAAGCUGAGAAGCCUGGCGCUGGAAAGUUGGAAGCGUCUGCGUAG